AUGAAAAAUAUGAAUUCAUUCAUGAGGGAAUUAAAGCGUGUGUUUAAAAAGGAAAGUGAUAAUUCGUAUCAGUCUAUAUUAAAAAAUAUCAAAAUACAAAGCAUAUACACAAAUGAUAAAAUUAAUAAAAAGGAGCAUUAUGUUUAUUUUAAAGAAUAUGACAUAAAAACAAAUGAUUUGAAUUACUCACAUAUUUCAAAAACAAAAAGAUUGUUCAGUAUCGAAAGACGUAAAUACAAAAAUGCUAUUCUGUUUGCUACAAUCGGUUCCACCAUUGGGAUAGUUUCUUUCGUCUUUUUUGUAUCACCACAAUGGAAUUAUUAUACCUAG